AUGUCCCGUCCUCGUCGUCAGCCUCCCCCGCGAGAGCCCAAUGAUGAGGAGAAAAAUAUCAUAGUGUCUGUGCGUCAUUGUGCUCGUGAGUUGGAUGAUAUCCUCCAGGGUGCGAGGCGAAAAGCGCAGGCUAGUGCUCAACAUUUUUCGGAUAAAACAGCUCCUUCGCUGUUUAGAGGAUUGGAAUCCUACUCAGAUAUGUACUCAAAAUUAAAAAUCAAAUCCCGUACCGCACUUACACGGUUGUUUCAGAGAUCUCGCGACUUGGAUGAUAUGGUAGACGCUCAAGAAGCAAUCGAUGAAACAGAAGAAUGUUGGAGGGGUUUUCUAGCGAAUCUAGACACCGAAGUCAAAGCUAAUUCUCCUCGGUUUUCAUCGUCAACUCCUCUGAAGCAUGUUGGCGAUUAUAUCGAACUGUCUAAACCUGUUCUCGUCGACUGCAGCACGCUUGAUGAAUGCAAUUUGCGCCAAAAGUUGUCGGGAUUUACAAGUGCUCUCCUAAUCUUUCAACCCGCAUAUUUGCCAGAUCUGGCCGCGCGAUGCAGGUCGUUUGAAAUUUCUAAAGUGAUGGCAGACUUCCAUCGAUUGAACGUUGGUUUUGUUGUCAUAACCUGGGGCCCUGAAGACGUUGUUCAAUCAUGGAGCAAGCACCUGUUAAAGCAUAUCAAAUGGCCUGUAUUGUGGGAUCGCGACAAUUUUUUCACAUCGUUCCUUUCCUUCAAUCGUGGUUGUGCCGCCUUAUGGGCUCCAGAAAUGCUCGAUUUUUGCGCUUACCAAAGCAUUGCCUACAAGCGCUCAAUUCAGCCUCUGCCGCUUGACAUUGACUGGCGAGUGUGGAACUGGGUCGGUGGUGAGGUGCUCAUUGCCUCCCCUGCUGUCAGUCGUCUGCUCCACAAGCGCGACAUGGAAGCGCAGGCCAAGCAACUCGCUGAGGGCAUCAGUGGGCAGAACCCAGACGUGUCGCCCCCGUCUAAGCUCCCUGACACUGACACCAGUUCUAGAAUCUGCCUCAUUCAUCGGGCCGACAACAUCGCCCAUAUGGCGCCUCCUGGUAGUAUUUACCAAGCUGCUCUAACCUGCUAUGCUAUUUCUCAGGGCAAGACUGAGGAGACGGUGGUAGAAGAAAUUCGUAUGAAUCGGCGACUUGCCACCCCGCCGGAGUCCAGUCGCUUACAAUAUGAACGCAAUGCAAGGAUGUACUACGACCCUGAGACUGAACUUUAUUACGACUCCAGAACUGGCUACUUUUAUGAUGCCUUAAAGUCCACAUAUUACUACUGGUCGGAGAAUGAGCACAAGUACAUCCCUGCAAACGACCUUGUCUGCGCACAGGAGGCCGCUGCACACACGGCGCGAAUGGCUGCAGCCCAGGCGGCGGCCAUUCGGAUGGUGCAGGAACAGGAAGCAGCAAAGUCAGCCGCUGCUCGUGUGGCCGCCCAACUCGCUGCACUUCGCGCCGAGAAAGACGAAUACGCUAGCUACGCCUAUGCGACAUGUGUGCUUGGCCAGGAGGACGUCUCGGGGUCCUCCGCUGUGGAUCCUUUGGCCUCCUUGCAUCGAACGACCGGUGCUGCAAUGGAGGACUCCCUGAAACUGAUUGGCGGAGCGAACCAACGUUCUACUUCCUUUACUGCAACACCCCCACCAUCAGAUGUCCUGUAUCCCCCUGGAUGUACCCCGCCCCCGGGUGUCUGA